AUGGCGUUCCCCUUCUGGUGCAAGCUCUCAAAGUGGCUGCGCCAGGGCGAGUACGGCCGCGGGCAGAGCCGCAGCGGCAGCAUGGCGAGCAGCGGGAGCACGGCCAACAUGACGGACGCGGCGGCGCUCGCAAACGGCGGCGGCGGCGGCGGCAACGGCGGGGGUCCGGAGGCGGGCCUGCUGCCGGGGCCGCCGCCGCUGAGCGCGGCGGAGCAGGCGGCGGCGGAAGCCGAGCGGGCGCGGCAGCGGCAGUUCUUCGCGCCGGCGUUUGAGAAGCUGCUCGUGACGGCGCGGGCGCGGAUGAGGGCGCCCGAUGGGCUGGCCUCCAUGAGCAGCAGCGAGCGCUCCGACUGGAAGCGCGUGCGCGCGCACUGGUCCGACGUGCUGGUGGACGCGGCCGCGGCGCUGCGGGCGGACCGCGCUCUGGCGCUGCUGCUGGCGCCGCUGCACGACGUGGGGCGCACGGUGGCGGGCGGCGGCGCGCUGGACUGGCAGGCCGCUGAGCUGGCGCUGCACUGCGUCAGGUGCAUCCGCAAGGUGGCCACCACCCUGGGUGACCCCCAGCUGGAGUCGCUGAUGUCAGCGCUGCCCACCCUGCCUGCUUCUGUGCCCGGCGCCCCCGGCGCAUCCCAGCUGCGCUACACGGCGGCGCUCGUCGUGGCGGGCUACAGCGAGUGGCUGGGCCGCAGCCUGGCGGCGGGGCGCUGCCAGGGGCUGCUGCAGCGGUGA